AUGGCUGAGGAACGAAUUAAGAUUGUGGUCCACCAUAGUGGAAAAUUUUUCACUGAUGACAAUGGUGUGUUUAAAUUUGAUGGAGAGAUAGCAGAAUGGAGUGUUGAUGCAGACUUGUUGAGCUAUUUUGGCAUAGUUGCCUCAGUCCAGGUUGAGGGUGUUGAGGGUGGUGAGGUCCAAGUUGAGGGUGUUGAGGGUGUUGAGGUGCAAGUUCAGGGUGGUGAGGUGGAGGAUGAGGUCCAGGUUGAGGAUGCUGAUGGGGAUGAGGUUCAGGAUGAUGAGGUCCAGGUUGAGGAUGGUGAGGAUUUACAUGAGGUCCAGGUUGAGGUCCAAGGUAACCUCCAUCAUGUACAGGAACCAGAGGUGCAUGAGGUUGAUGAUUUUGAGGUAGAAGAUUUAGGAGAGGAUGAUGAAGAAGAGGACAGUGAGGGUGAGGAGUUGCAUGAGAAUGAGAGUGAGGAGGAGGAAGAUCUAUAUGAUGUCAANGUGCAGUGUGACAGUGGGUGGUACAAANGAAAUGUUAGAGAACAACCUGAAAGUCCAGUGCUUCAUUCUUCUGAAUCUUCUGAGAAUGAGAACAAUAUGGAUGGUGUGCGUGGGUUGUCUGACAAUGAGUGGCUGUCAGAUGAGCUGAUUAGUGAUGUUGAGGACAGUGAGGUUGAGGAGGGUGGUGGGUCUAGUAAGAAGAAGACAACCUUUCCAACUUUUACUAUGCCACGAAGUAUGGAUGGUUAUAAAUGGGAGGUAGGAACCUUUUUUGCUGAGAAAAAAGAAUUCAUGGAUGGUAUUCGGACAUAUGCACUUAGUAAUGGAAGAAACAUGAAAUUUGUAAAGAAUGACAAGAAAAGGAUUAUUGUUAAGUGCUUGGGUGGACAAGGAAAAUGUAAUUGGUAUGCCUAUUGUGCUUUUAGGAUUGAUGUCAAUGCAUGGCAACUUAGAAAAGUUGUUGAUCUGUAG